CCCCAAAUCGGAAUCUGCAAACGAAGAUGAUGAUGAUGAUUCGAAGAAGAAUCUCUUCGAUCAUUUCAACACCACUCCUCAAUUCUUCGAUUCACCACGCCUCCAAACCCAGAUUCAUCACCUCUUCCUCGCCGCUUCUACAAUGCCGUCGAUCUCCGAUCCUCCUCACUCAGAUUCCUGCAUCGGCGAGCAGAGUUUCGUCGUUUCAGGGGAUCAGGGCGUACAGUUUACUGAGCUUGAACGAUCUGAGAGACAAUGUGCCGAGGAAGCUCAAGACGAGGAAAGGAAGAGGUAUCGGGUCGGGUAAAGGUAAAACAGCGGGGAGAGGUCACAAGGGGCAGAAGGCGAGAGGGACGAUGAAGUUUGGUUUCGAAGGUGGGCAGACUCCUUUACGACGUCGUUUGCCCAAACGUGGCUUCAAGAACAAGUUUAAGCUUCAUUUCCAGCCGGUUGGGCUUGGAAAGAUAGCUAAACUCAUAAACGCUGGGGAGAUUGAUUCCCAUGAGUUGAUCACUAUGAAGACGCUCAAGGAUGUGGGAGCCAUAGGGAAGCAAAUAGAAGACGGAGUAAGACUAAUGGGUCGUGGUGCUGAUGAGAUCAAAUGGCCUCUUCAUUUUGAGGUUUCGAGAGUGACAGUUAGGGCCAAAGAAGUGGUGGAAGCGGCAGGAGGAUCGGUGAGGAGAGUGUAUUACAACAAAUUGGGCUUGAGGGCGUUGCUUAAACCGGAAUGGUUUGAGAAGAAAGGAAGGCUAUUGCCAAAAGCAGCGAGACCACCUCCUAAACAGCAAGAUAGGGUGGAUAGCAUCGGGCGUCUUCCCGCUCCGAAGAAACCAAUCCCGUUUUUUUCAGCUGAGGAAAACAAAGUUGAGUCUCCUGUUGAAUCGUGAUGUUUGAGUUAGGUUUUUUAACUUUUGAUGUUUUGGUUUAAGUUGUUUGUGUUGUUUCUUGUUCAUGUUCUUACAAGAAAAAAAUUGAAAAUGGCGGAUUUUUAUUGGACGAAAUAAGGCCAUUCUCUCGUUUAA